AAGGGCCCAUCACAAUGAUUGGUGGUUCUCGUGACUCACCUAUUAUUUGGUUUCUGGAUCUGUUGAUCCUUGUAUAAAAAUAAAUUUUUGCAGUAACCAGAGUCCAGAUCCAACGCAGUCCUUUGGUUCCGAUAUGUUUUAAACCAUAAAUCAAGUAUUUUCCUUUCUUUCUUGGCUGCUCUAAGUUGGAGUAGGAAUGGCAAAGAAGGGCUUGUUGAAGGAAUAUGAUGAAGAAACUCAUGAAGUCUGUCGCAGUGACUUCCCUCCCAACUUCGUUUUUGGCGUUGCCACUUCUGCAUAUCAAGUAGAGGGAGCCUGCAAGGACGGUGGUAGGGGUCCCAGCAUUUGGGAUGCUUUUUCACACUCAAAAGGGAAUAUCAUUGAUGGAAGCAAUGGGGACGUUGCAGUGGAUCAAUAUCAUCGGUAUAAGGAAGAUGUUGAACUCAUUGCCAAGUUGGGAUUUGACGCUCAUCGUUUUUCCAUAUCAUGGUCUCGAAUAUUCCCUGAUGGUUUGGGAACCAAAAUCAAUGAAGAAGGGAUUACUUACUAUAAUAAUUUCAUUAAUGCUCUCCUUGAAAAGGGCAUCCAACCUUAUGUAACACUGUACCAUUGGGAUCUACCCUUGUACCUUCAUGAGAAUAGGGGAGGGUGGCUGAAUAAGCAAAUUGUAGAAUACUUCUCAGUCUAUGCAGACACCUGCUUUGCAAGCUUUGGCGAUAGAGUAAAGGACUGGAUCACUUUUAAUGAGCCUCUUCAGACUGCUAUUAAUGGUUAUGGUGUUGGGAUAUUUGCUCCUGGAAGGCAUGAAUGCUCGUCAACAGAACCAUAUUUGGUUGCACACCACCAACUAUUGGCACAUGCUGCUGCUGUUUCCAUAUACCGAACCAAGUAUAAGGACAAGCAAGGGGGACAACUUGGCUUGGUCAUAGACUGUGAAUGGGCAGAGGCUAUUUCAGACACAAUUGAAGAUAAAGUUGCUGCAGCAAGGCGCCUAGAUUUUCAGCUUGGAUGGUACUUAGAUCCAAUAUAUCAUGGCGAAUACCCCAAAGUUAUGCGCGAAAGACUUGGAGAUCGGCUUCCCAUAUUUUCAGAGAAAGAUAAGGAGUUGCUUAAGAACUCAGUAGACUUUAUUGGUCUGAAUCACUAUACAUCAAGAUUUAUUGCUCAUGGAAAAGAUGACCAUGAUGAGGGUGAUUUUUAUAAAGCACAAGGGAUAGAGAGAGUUGAUGAAUGGGAAGGGGGUGAGGCUAUUGGUGAGAAGGCAGCAUCAGAAUGGCUGUAUGUUGUUCCUUGGGGCAUGCAUAAGGUUCUGAAUUACAUAGCGCAGAGAUACAAUAAUCCCCCAAUAUAUGUUACUGAGAAUGGUAUGGAUGACGAAGAUAAUGACACCUCCCCACUUCAUGAAAUGCUGGAUGACAAACUGAGAGUUAGUUACUUUAAGGGAUACCUUUCAGCAGUUGCCAAAGCGAUAAGGGAUGGGGUAGAUGUAAGGGGAUACUUUGCGUGGUCGUUACUGGAUAACUUUGAGUGGGCCCAAGGAUAUACCAAGCGUUUUGGUUUGGUUUACGUUGACUAUAAGAAUGGGCUGUCGAGACACCCGAAAUCUUCUGCUUACUGGUUCAUGAGGUUCUUCAAAGGUGUUGAAGGCAAAUAUGGAAAGGAAGAGUAAUGGACAAUUAUGUCCUUAAGGCCAGCCUUAUGGACUUCACCCAUGCAUUGUACCAACUUUAGCUGCUUGAUGCUUCCGUUGUUUUGAAGACAGGUAGGGACUCCCCAGGAAAUUCUCUCUGGCUUUUGAAAGUUACCCGGAACUUUUAUUUAUGUACCAACUCACUCUUAUCCCUAAUUAAUAAUUAUGCCAACCUGAAAUGUUGUUUUGUUU